UUGUUUGUGUAAAAUAGGUAAGACCGGUAAAACUAUUGGGUUGCUUCGGAAAAUGGAAGAAAGAAAUCUUGAAAUUGAUGUAGUGCUGUAUAAUACAAUCAUUGAUAGCUUAUGUAAGGACAGAUUGGUAACUAAGGCUUUGGCUUUUUUCUUUGAAAUGACAAAUAGAGGAAUUAAUCCAGACGUUUUCACUUACAAUUCUUUAAUUCAGGGCCUAUGCAAUUUCGGUCGGUGGAAGGAGGCAACUAAACUAUGGAAUGAGAUGGUGGAAAGGAAAAUCAUGCCCGAUUUGCAUACAUUCAGCAUAUUGGUGGACACACUUGGCAAAGAAGGGAGGUUGAUAGAGGCUAAUGAAGUUUUUGAUGCAAUGAUUAAAAGAGGCAUAAAGCCAAAUGUAGUCACGUACAAUUCUUUGAUUGACGGUUAUUGUUUGCAAAAUAAAAUGGAUGAAGCUGUUAAAACAUUUAAUACGAUGGUUCGAAAUGGUUGUUCGCCAUGUGUUGUUAGCUAUAACAUAUUGAUCAAUGGAUAUUGUAAGAACAGAAAAAUUGAUGAGGCAUUAAGUCUAUUUCGUGAAAUGUCUAACACCGGAAUUUUUCCUAAUGUUGCCACUUACAACACUCUAAUUGGAGGGUUUUGCCGAGUUGGAAGACCUAAAAUUGCAUUAGAGCUACUCUACGAGAUGCAAGGUUGUGGCCAACCUCCAAAUAUCCAAACUUGUGCUAUUUUGUUAGAUGGCCUAUGUAAGAAUCUACACUUUACUGAGGCAAUGGCAUUGUUUAAGGAGAUGGAAGACAAAAGGUUAGACCUUAAUAUUGUGAUUUACAGCAUCUUGAUUGAUGGUAUGUGUAAUGCUGGGAAACUUACGACUGCAAGUGAAUUAUUUAAUGCUCUUCCUACCAAAGGUUUUCAACCUAAUGUUUGCACUUACACUAUAAUGAUCAAAGGGCUUUGCAAAGAGGGACUGCUAAAUGAAGCGAUGGAUUUAUUUGAGAAAAUGGAAGAGAACGGCUGUUCACCUAACCAUUUCACUUAUAACACUAUCAUUCAAGGCUUCUUGCAACAUUAUGAGACAUCAUGGGCAGUGAAAUAUCUCCAGAUGAUGCUUGGCAAGGGUUUCUCGGCAAAUGCAACCACUGCAACAAUUUUAAUCGACUUGAUGUCUACUAAUCGAGCAGAUAAAACAUUGCAAGAUUUUUUUCAAAUAUCUGUGUCAUCUAACAUUGUCAGUAACAGAUAUGCGGUUCAUGAAUCUUUUGAGCUUUGUGCUCUUUCGAAAAUGAUUGAAAUACCUUUCGAGCCAAAUGUAGUCACGUACAAUUCUUUGAUUGACGGUUAUUGUUUGCAAAAUAAAAUGGAUGAAGCUGUUAAAACAUUUAAUACGAUGGUUCGAAAUGGUUGUUCGCCAUGUGUUGUUAGCUAUAACAUAUUGAUCAAUGGAUAUUGUAAGAACAGAAAAAUUGAUGAGGCAUUAAGUCUAUUUCGUGAAAUGUCUAACACCGGAAUUUUUCCUAAUGUUGCCACUUACAACACUCUAAUUGGAGGGUUUUGCCGAGUUGGAAGACCUAAAAUUGCAUUAGAGCUACUCUACGAGAUGCAAGGUUGUGGCCAACCUCCAAAUAUCCAAACUUGUGCUAUUUUGUUAGAUGGCCUAUGUAAGAAUCUACACUUUACUGAGGCAAUGGCAUUGUUUAAGGAGAUGGAAGACAAAAGGUUAGACCUUAAUAUUGUGAUUUACAGCAUCUUGAUUGAUGGUAUGUGUAAUGCUGGGAAACUUACGAUUGCAAGUGAAGUAUUUAAUGCUCUUCCUACCAAAGGCUUUCAACCUAAUGUUUGCACAUACACUAUAAUGAUCAAAGGGCUUUGCAAAGAGGGACUACUAAAUGAAGCAAGGGAUUUAUUUGAGAAAAUGGAAGAGAACGGUUGUUCACCUAACCAUUUUACUUAUAACACUAUCAUUCAAGGCUUCUUGCAACAUUAUGAGACAUCAUGGGCAGUGAAAUAUCUCCAGAUGAUGCUUGGCAAGGGUUUCUCGGCAAAUGCAACCACUGCAACCAUUUUGAUCGACUUGAUGUCUACUAAUCGAGCAGAUAAAGCAUUGCAAGAUUUUUUUCAAAUAUCUAUGUAAAAGCUUUUGAGUUCUUCAACGUGUAGGACAAAUAGUUGUAUAUUCCAUGUCUUUUGGACUAUUGUUGUGUAUUGCUAUUCCUAUUU